CUCGUGCCGUAGUGGUCCUAACACUAACAGGACCCUCGCAAACCAAGGAAUCCAUGGAAUUCGUUCGUUACGUGGCCGAAUUCGCUGCAUAGACCCGUCGGACCGGACCAGUGUCGACCGGGUCCCACGUCAGCUGAUCAGUGUUGUUGUCGGUGACCGAUCGCGCGGCGAACCCCGUGCCACCCUGCAACCGCAGCUGGCUGGGAAGUGUUGAUAUUUUAGUGUGCCACCGGUGUUCCCCAUAUACGGACCUGUUUUCUCGGUGACUCUCCUUGUAACCUGGUUCCUGGUGCCGAGGACACACCGGACAUUUCGGAGAAGCUUCAGCCGAACGCUAGAUAUCGAUUCCGAUGACAGUUGAUCGGGAAUUGUUUCAGUGACUGGAGUGACACUUCGGAGAGACUGUGAGUGUAGAAAGGACGAUGGACUCUUCGGGCUGACUCGUGUCCACCUCGUUCAGAAAAGUUUCUCUUAGCUAGAAGAAUAGUUCAUAGACACUUUACUCCAUGACAGAAUUGUCAAAACCCUCGAUUUCAAUAGCACACUCGAGAACAGACUGAUACAUUGACGCAUAGAACGGCAAGAACCAGUUAAGUUCCAUCGGUGCUGCGAAAUUCACCUGUUUACACCAUCGAGACCUGGAGGCUCACCUUCCGACGGCACCUGCGCUACCACUUGCAAACGGACUGUUGCCAAUACAUCGUUGAAACCCAUCAGUCCAUCGUUUCCCGUUAAUCAACCUCGAUCUCCGAUGGCCAGGAUCACGGGAACCGGAAACGCUGCGCGCAAACCGAAAACCACCCCUUAGAGGAAGAGUGUUCGUCUUAAAAAACAUGUAAACAAACGGCACGUCUGCCAGCUGCUUCAUGGUCUUCUUACGUCGAGUCAAGACUCCAAUUGAAACACUUGAAUUCGAACAGACUGUCAUCCUCCUGUGUCGCGUCCGGUGAACGCACAGGACGAAGAAUCACUCUAGGAGUAGCAUCGAUAGGGAACAGGCAGAGGUCCAUAAAUGCAAAAGAAGUGAGGCCUCUCCAUCGGAGAGACGUUAAGUCAUCAAGUUGGUACCAAACAUGGUCCUGGAACCAGGGGGUAGUCUGUCCUUCCCACUGCCUCCUGGUAGCGGUUCCACUGGUUCCGGCGGUUCCCUCCUGACGCCGGCCAGGCUGUUCCAGAGGGCGACACCCGUGUUUCCGUUCCACCUGACAGCAUGGCCACCGCACCAUCCGGUCCUCGGACAGGUACAAAGUCAGGUACAGCAGACGAUGCAGGCCCAGCAUCAGGCCGCGGCGGCUGCUGUCAGGUUCCUCAGUCAUCAUCAUCCUCAUCAUCCGCACCCGGCGCUUGGCAACCUCCCCCUGGUGCCAGCGAUAACUAGCCACCAUCCGGGCCCCCAUCAGCUUCAUCACGUCGCCGAUCACGCCGACGAGGAUGACGAGAAGAAAGGAUGCGAUGACCAAUCGGACGACGGCUCGAGCAAGAGGCGAAGGAGCAGGACGAACUUUAAUAGUUGGCAAUUGGAGGAAUUGGAACGAGCAUUUCUCUCGAGUCAUUAUCCCGAUGUCUUUAUGCGGGAAGCUCUGGCUCUGAGACUCGAACUGAAAGAGAGCCGCGUCGCCGUGUGGUUCCAGAAUAGAAGGGCAAAAUGGAGGAAGAAGGAGCACACGAAGAAGGGGCCAGGCAGGCCGGCGCACAACGCUCAUCCUCAAAGCUGUAGCGGAGAGCCAAUUCCUCCGGAAGAAUUGAGGAGAAAGGAACGCGAAAGGCGACAGAAAAAAUUAUUGAAGGCUCUCGAGCGACAGCAGAGGAAGUUGGCCGCGAAGGGUAUCACGGUUGACCUUCCGACCCUCAGAGCCGAAUGGGAGUCGCGGAGCGCUGCGGCAGCCAGUGGAAGCUCUCUGAACGGCACACUGGGCAGUUCAUUCAGCCACUUGAGCAACAACAACGAGAGCAGCAGCGUGUCAGGGUCCGGAAACGACGCAAACGAGGAGAUCGACGUGGUCGGCGGACUGGAUUCCUGCAGCGAGAGCGGCAGCGAGAGGGUCGACUCGGCAGCCGACGGCUCCGUGGACGGGGAAUGUUACCCCAGACUGUCCAGCACGUCCAGCGACCUCAACGACCCGCGAAGAAGCGUGAACCAGGUCCCCAACAACCUGCAGAAUCCAAAUUCCAGCCUGAAUCUAGAUCACCUGAACCAUCAGCAAGGUAUCCACCACUGGGGACUCAGUCUGCUGGAGAGAAGAAGGGAGCUAGUGAGCAUGAACAACGCCAGCGCAGCUCGCCAAUCAACGAACAACCCUGGGAACCCGGAAAGAACAUCGGCCAGGCAGCAGCAGAUCAGCGAAGAGGAGGUGCAAAGCAGUAGCAUAGACCUAUCGGUGAAAGGUAGGGAGGAGAGGAAGAGGCUGAACCCGUUCUCCAUCGACAGCCUGCUGGGCAACAACGGAACGAGUACACCCGGUAUACACAACGAGUACAGGGCCUCGACGCCGACGUUGUCGAACGGUAGGGAGUCCAGCAGCCCUACGUCGCCGAUCUCGGUGCCCACUUCGCCGUCCACGACGUAG